AUGGCUUCUUCCUCCCGUCACCGGCCAAACUACAUCGUUAAACGACCCGAUAAAGCGUCGGACAAUCCCCAUUUCUUUAAGGUUGUACUUUCUGAUGCUCUCAAGGAACAAAAACUUGAAAUCCCAAGAAAGUUUGUGAGAGAAUAUGGCCAAAAAGCUUUUGUAACUAACCAAACUCUUCUUAAGGUGGCUGAUGGCAAAGAGUGGAAUAUGGGUUUGACAAAAAGUAAUAAUGGAAGAAGAGUGUGGUUUUAUCAUGGUUGGCAACAGUUUGUAGAGUUUUAUUCUCUUGGAUUGGGGUACUUUCUAGUUUUUAAAUAUGAAAACCGAUCUUCGAGUUUCAACGUCGUCAUCUUUGAUCUUACCGCCAUGGAAAUAGAGUAUCCCGUUAAAAACAUUCGUCUUGAUAAAACUGAGGAAAAGAUAGAAAUGGAGAUAUAUUUUGACGAUGAUCUUGCCCCAGAUUUUAAAGUCGAAGAAAUUAGCUUGGGCGCCAGAAAACCAAUGAACAGUAGGUGGAAGCCACCGUCGACAGAGAGCCAACGAGCAAGGGCGAUGGCGGAAGCUACCGCUUUUCAAUCCAUGACUUUGAAUCCUUCUUUCAUGUGCAAGAUUUGGCCUUCACACAUUCAUCUUGGAAGAUGUCUUAAUGUACCAAAAAGUUUUGCUGCGAUGCAUCUAGAAGAGCCCACAGAGAUCAUUCUCCAAGUUUCAGAUGGAAGAAUGUGGAGUGGUCGUUGUGGCUUUUAUUGGACUUGUAAAAUGCAAAGGAGGACGGACUUUAGAUAUGGUUGGAAGAAUUUUGUUCGAGACAAUAACUUAAAAGUUGGUGAUUUCUGUGUUUUUGAAAUGAUUAGAAAAAAUAGUAGAAGAAUCUGUUUCAAAGUUGAAAAUUUUCGAGCUUCUUGA